UACGAUCUCAUAACCUCCAAUGGCUUAUUAGGUCUUGAAGGAAGAUAACAAUUUAAAUAUCAACAGAUUUCAUCGCCAUAGAGUUUGUUUAGUUGUAGCGUAGUGUUAGUUGGUUUUGUUUAUUUACGGUCCAUUUGACCCGGUCGAGUGGAUAAAAUGUUAUUGCGGCCCGUGAGAAAGGACGAAUUAUUCCUUUAUGUGACAGGACAACAAUAAAUGUCAAAACACGGCUCAAGUGAAAAAAAUGUUUUCGUCGGGCUGAGGAAAAUUUCACGUUGAAAGUCUCCCUUUUAACCGUUAGGAUAAAUCUUUUGAAAUUCUCUUGCCAGAAGUUUAUUAGUGAAAAUAAGUUUUAUCAUGUCGACCAACCGCAAUUACAAAGAAAUUUACGAUUUGUUGGAGCAGCUCUGCCAGAAUUUGGCUGGACCAAGAUACAGGGACGCUUUGAAGCACGUUAGCCAGUACAUAUCACAAAGUCCGACUUCACUGCAAUCCACUCUGCCGUACGAUGAGACCACUCUCGUGUCGAAAAUCUCGAAUCAUUUGUCUGCCAGCUCAACGGGCUCUGGGCAGAACGACAUUGUUCUUUUUAUGAAUUUGCAUGAGCAAUUAAAGUCGUGUCAGAUUGAAUUAAGACAGAAGAACGCAAUUCUCACGUUUCUCUUGCUAAUGGCGAACCCGGGCAAGAGCUUCUCGACCUCCAGCAGCAGUAACGGCUUGGAAAAUGCAUCGGCAGCCUCUAGAGCCAUAAACAGACAUGUGCCAUUUGAAUCGGUGAUAAGCUCAUUCCGGACGGAAGUCUUUACGGCGGGAACUGUCCGCACGAAUGAUACCACGAUUGAGAAGCUGUUUCCAUAUCACGGCAAGAAGCCAAACAUAUUCACAUGCGCCUCGUCAUCAGAAAGCAAUCUUAAGAUUGCCCCAAUUCGGAAAUCCGGUAUUCCGCCAAACUCGGACAGUAGCGAUAGUUCACCACGAGAUGGUAAAGAUAAAAUUCUUGGUGCUUCCAGUGAUUUGACCGAUGAAUUAGUACAAAAUGUGAUCUACGCCUUCACGGGCAUUCAGGGAAAAUAUUUAAAGAAAGAUUUAAUAUCUGGAGGAUUCAAACUUGAUCCGAAGGCAAGAUCUUUGAACGUUAUCCAGGCGGGGAUGCUACUUCGAUUAUCGGAAUUAGGAUAUUAUCACGACCAAGUUCAUUCAUUCACGGAUUCUAAAAGUGGGCGUUGUGCAUUAGGUUUAAUGGGUCAAGGAUUUGUGUCGGCUCUUAAAAAUGAACUGACAAAAUAUUAUGGAUUGGUUGCAAUGCUCCAAGAGCAGUUAAACAGGCAACGAAAACAAAAUUACCAAGAGUGGCCAGGUGUUACAAGUGAAAAAAUAACCCUUAUGAAAGUAAUGGUUUGGGCUGUGGAUCCUCUUCAGAGAUUGCAAUGGCUGGCAACGAUAGCCGAAGCGUGCCAAGAGAAAAAGGGUGGUGCUCUUGCAUCAAUAGUAUACGAGUUUCUUAGUAAUGGCGAUCCAAUGGUGAAAUCUUUAGUGAAAGAAUUGCUGAUUGCUGUCUGUGGUCCCCUUCAAAUAAUGCUGGCUCGCUGGUUACUGGAAGGAGAAAUUAUCGAUCCACACGGUGAAUUUUUCAUUGAGUGUUUGCAUGAAGUGGGACCGGACAGACUGUGGCAUGAUAAAUACCGAGUACGAAGUUCUAUGUUGCCAUCUUUUAUUUCCACCGAUUUAGCCAAUAAAAUUCUAGUCACUGGAAAGAGUAUAAAUUUUCUGCGCGAAGUAUGUGAGGACAAAACUCCAAUAAAAGGACGAGAGGAAUUAAAACAAUUAUUUGAAACAAAUGCUGAAAAUGUUUUCGCGAAUGUGGCGGACACUAAACUCCAUGCGAUGAUUGACAACAUAUAUCUGAGCACUUCGAAGAAGGUCUUGGAUAUUGUAAUGGGUCCACAUAAGCUGUUGGAUCAUCUACAGGCAAUGAGAAGAUAUUUGCUAUUGGGUCAAGGAGAUUUCAUUGGAAUCUUGAUGGAAAAUUUGAAACCUGAACUUGAUCGGCCAGGCAAAGAACUUUACUGUUACGAUUUAUCAUCGAUUAUGGAUGCCGCAAUAAGAUCGACAAAUGCUCAAUACGACGAUCCAGAAAUUCUUAACCAUUUGGACGUGAGGUUGUUGAAUCCAUUUGACGGUGACACCGGAUGGGACAUUAUUUCGCUUCAAUAUACUGUACGUGGUCCGCUGGCGACAAUGCUGGAACCUUCGAUGCAUAAUUAUCAAAUUCUGUUUAGGCCAUUGUGGCGAAUGAAACACAUGGAAUUUUUGUUGUCAUCGAAAAUCUGGAGAGAUCAGAUGUGUAAUGUUAAGCCGCUACGUACAAUGAGCCGAGAACUAAAUCCAGUCCUUUACCGCCUACACCUAUACACAUCAGAAAUGAUACAUUUUGUCCAUCAAAUGCAAUACUACAUUCUUUUUGAGGUGAUUGAGUGUUCGUGGGCAUCGUUUCUCGAGAAAGUACAUCAAGCUAAAGCGCUUGAUGAUAUCUUAAACGCACAUAAUGAAUUUCUCGAAACAAUUAAGACUGGAGCGUUCCUCGAUGUGAAAUCCGAUUCACUAGGCGCGAUGGAGGAAAUUUACUUGGGCAUAAUGCGUCUGGAAGUGUGGCAAGAUAAAUUCUUUGAUGUGUGUUUCAAAGAGCUGGAUGCCAGGAAUGCGCUUGCAUCAAAUAUAAAAGCGAGUGAAUUAAAAGGAGAGUACGGUAUCACGGCGGAGAAAAGGUUCCAGCGUGAUGAGGAGCAGAGGGUGUUCGAACAAUAUGUUGCCGACAGCCAGAAAUCAUUGGAGAAAAUUGGUACCGAUUACGAGUUUGCUGUACGUAGAUUUUUGCUUGCGUUGAAUUCUAAUAACGAUCAUAAUCUCCAAUUGUUCGGAAUCCGUUUGGAUUUCAAUGAAUACUAUAAGAAACGUGAUCAACGAUUAGGUGUUCCGUUGACGUUCGAACAUAUGCGCAUGAGCAAUACGUUCUUCAACAACAAGGGAAGUACAAUGAGUUUCAGUCGGCAUAGCACCAAUUGACAGGAGCCUUGUUGUAUAAAACCGUUUGAAAAUUAUUUCUCGCACAUUGAAGAUUAUCCAACACGAAACAGUAGGAGUCUGAAAAAGGUCGACCGUCAACUUAUGAAUGAAGUUUCCUCGUUACAAACGAAUGCUGCAAAACAGAACCUUCCACAUCACAAGCCACAAGAUAAUUUGAUAGCACGUCCAUUGAUGAUGAGAAAAGAGAAGCUCAUUUAUUUAAAUUGUUGUCAAAUUAUAUGAAUAGCAGGUAAUCGUUAGCCCCUUUCUACUCAUAUGUGUCAUUAUGUCGUUUCUAUGUGAAUGUAAAUAGUCAGAAAUACUCGUAUUUUAUAAAAAAUAGAUUCAUAAUUUCAAUUACUUUUUUGAGAGAUAAACCGAACAAAAGUCAAUGAAGCAAAUAAAUUCCUCUCUAGUUGCCGUUACA